UUGUGAGAACGUGGUUGUUGGACGACAUCUACACUCCGGAAGUGGAGAGGGCGACGCGCAGGUGAUGGCGAGCACGUGGAGGCGCGAGGAUGAAACUACUUGAAACAGGCUGCGAAAUGGAGGCGCAUUGUGAUCAUAAAACAGCAUCGUAGCCUAUUGAAGACCAGGAGAAGUUGAAACGGAUGCCGCGGGCUUGAGUGAGGUCUUCUCCACUGGCCAGCGGAGGAGGCGGGAGAGUCGGGGCCCCUGCUCGUUAUCUUUUUGCUCGCAAAAGGCGAAGGCCAUCUGGUUCCUCGUCGAACUGCGACGCGAUCUAAAUCGCGUUUGGCCGGGCAAAUCGGCACUCCGUUCGUCCCUUUGUGAGUCCGCUCAUCUGCAGCGACUCAUGGGCGUGUGACGUCUCCUGCUAAUGAACCGCUUCUCCCACUCACACUCGUGGACACACCAGAACUUUGUGCACAGGAACUCUCAAUUUCCCUUUUGCUGGAACUCGAACAGUGGCAGUGGUAAAGUUAUUGUAGGAUUUUGAUGCAGACGGUGCGGUGCUGACUGUCGGCGGCAUUAGGGAAUAGGGCAUCAGGGGCGCGCGCUCGUGCGUUUGUGUGCGCAGUGGGUGAUCGCGCAGCUAAUUCAGUGGAUCCUGAAGUUUUCUUUGCCGCACGUAGUCGGUACCUUGAACGCGGGGCGUGAUCGGUAUUUACAUGUGAACCAUUACUGCGGCUGUUGUCUUCGCUAGUCGGAGUUUAACAUACGGGUGUGGUGCUAGACUAUUUUACAGAGUACGACGUUUUGUUGUUGCUGACCGAUGAAUUUUUGCAGUGACCGUCUCCUCCAUAUCUAGGCGUUACAUUCGGCGCUGAACUGAGGCUAGAGUGGUUCCUUUCCGACACCUGAACUGUGAACAGCUGCGGUGCUCCAAGUAAUAGGAGCCUUCCCCAUAACUUGAAGGCUUCAUUAGUUGUUGGAUUUCUUGCUUAUAUCUUCAUUCCCUUUCACUCAAGUCUAGUACCCAGUAUCUCAAUACUUGCAUAGUUUAGUGCCCUUUCCCGUCGGGGAAAUUUAAGUAGGAUCCCAUGGCACCACCUUAGGGUCUUCUAGGCAUUCACGUCUCCUCGAAUUCUCAAUGGUUGUCUAAGGAUACUCUAACAAUACUAGGAGUUUACUUACUACCCGUGACAUGGGAUCCUCAGUGUAGUUUAUGAAACUAGCAACUCAUUAACUGUACCGCCUGCAGCGUACAUAUGGAGGUCGUUACGCAAAUGCACCUACAUUGAGUGUUAGACUUUCUGGAAGGCGUUCAUUCACACAGCUGUCUCAAGGGACGCUGCCCGUCACUGUAGUCAGGAUUAUACACGGAUAUUCCCCUAUACUGUUCCAAGUCCUCGCAUGAUAUAAGACAAUGUGUGUGAAAUCUGGUUGUCUUCGUAGUAUGUCGUAAAUUGUGAAAAUAAUUGUUCUAACGAGCGAAAGUGUGAGAGUACCUAGUGCUGCGCAAGUUUACCAUCCUGGUCCAGAAGACGUAUGCUGGAAAGGGGAAGCGACUGAGGUUUUUGGUCGGAAGACUCGAAGUAUACACAAUAGGUACCGUAGUGGUACUCGAUUUGGUAGGAAAUGUCAGCAUGCUUAGUAAUGGAAAAAGAGUCGGGUCAUACACCGAGAAUGGAAAUGGAUUGCUGGAGGCAGUAGGGAGCAGCUAUUGUCAAGCGUUAAAGCCUUCUUCCCAAUCUUUCCAGCUCGUUGUGAAAGGCCUUGAACCGAAUGAAGAUUGUGACAGUGAAAGCCCCCUAUAUUCCGAGGGGUCCUCUCGAGGAUCCUUCGAAAGGAUGGAAGACCCUGCUUGGUUCAAUGAAAGUGGCAAGAGAAGUUUAUCACCCUCGUCCAUGAAAGCCCUAGAAGGCGUGGUCGGGCAAGUUCUUAAGAACGUACGAGCGGCUGGAUACGGAGAUGAAGUCUGCGCGAAGUUUCGAGACCAUUUUGCUCGUCUACCUUCUCGGUAUACCUUGAAUAUCGACCCACAGAGACACGAAGAUGUGUUGCUACAUAUGGAGUUGCUUGAUGAAGCGCAAGAAUUAGAAUUUGGCAACAGCUUUUACGCCGACACAGUUGUCGUUCCAUUAGUGUUUGUGAGAAAAGUCCAAUUGACGGGAUUCGGAACUUCUGCAGACGAUCUCUCACCUACGGACGGAGCUUUAGUACAUGUGAAAGGAGUCCAGAUUCCUAAACCAACAUUUGGUUCUACGUCAAACCUUCUGGGCCUAGGUAUUGGGAGCAGUCCAAAGGUUCAUCCCUCAGAGCCCCUCUUUUGCAGGUCUAGGUCAACUCCGCCACGGGGAACACCUCCUCGUCAUUCUUCUAUUGGAAACACGCCACCCAGUGUCCAUGGCUUACAGCAUACAAUACCUCGCCGGUCGUGGGGAAAUUUUAUAAACCCCUUGCACAUGGAAGAAGGAGUUGGUUAUACAAGUGACCAUGAUGAUCUAUCCCCGUCCUUUGGUUACGAAGUCACUAUUGCUACCACUGACAGGCCGGGACUUCUGAAAUACUUAACAUCGGCUCUUAGUGAUUCGCAUCUCCAGUUGAAUAUUAAGGAAGCUCAUGUGUUCAGUACAACGGAUGGAAUGGCUUUGGAGGUGUUUGUUGUAGAAGGUUGGCCGGGCGAUGAGGCUGAAGAACUCAGGAAGGCAAUUUUGGAUGCCCUUGAUGAAAAGAUGGGAAGGAGAAGUGAUAGAAAUAGAAGCGAGUUACGAGCAGCUGCUGAAGCUAUACAGUAUGAAGAUUGGGCUAUCGAUUAUAAUAUGCUCCACAUCGGCGAGAGACUUGGAACAGGUUCGACAGGCCAGUUGUUCAAGGGGAAGUACUUGUCGCAAGAUGUAGCAAUUAAGAUCAUUGAGGUAGAUGAAUGUAACGGCAGUGGCACGGAUGGAGACACGCACCAGUCUCGCCAAGCUGCUGAGCGCUUGCAGAUUUAUAAGCAGGAAAUAUCAAUCAUGAGAUUGGUCAGACAUAAGAAUGUGGUGCAGUUCAUAGGAGCUUGCUCAAAGUGGCCUCAGCUGUGUAUUGUUACCGAACUGAUGGCUGGCGGCAGUGUCCGGGACGUGCUGGAAUCAAGGAGGUCAGGCUUAGACUUUGCAACAGCCAUUAAGGUCUUACGUGAUGCUGCAAGGGGAAUGGAUUUUCUACACAGGCGAGGAGUCGUUCAUCGGGACCUCAAAGCUGCGAAUCUUCUUAUCGAUGAAUAUGAUGUUGUUAAAGUCUGCGACUUUGGAGUUGCUCGAUUGAAGCCCCCGUCACUAAAUACUGCUGAAAAUGCUGAGAAGUUUUCGGCUGAGAUGACUGCGGAAACGGGGACGUAUCGGUGGAUGGCUCCUGAGGUCCUGGAGCAUAAGCCCUACAACCACAAAGCAGAUGUUUAUUCUUACGGCAUCACAAUGUGGGAGGUUUUGACAGGAGGAGUUCCCUAUUCAGGACUCACCCCACUACAAGCUGCAAUUGGAGUUGUCCAGAGGUGUCUCCGUCCAGAAGUGCCGCCUUACACUCCAUCUGCUCUGGCAACUUUGAUGCAACAAUGUUGGCACGCAGAUCCAAGGAUAAGGCCGGAAUUUAGUGAGGUGCUUGAUAGUCUGGAAAGCUUGGUCACACUAAUCCCAUCAUACAGAGGAAUUGCCUCGAGGAGAUCAUCUUGCCGCUACUGAUGGAUAUGUCCAAGGAUGAGACUUUAGUGUGGACACUUCAACGUCCUAUGAUGCCACACAUGUUCAACAUGUGCUGCUUGCUAAAUUGUAGAUGGAAAUAUAAUUCUGUGGUGGUUACUAAGGCUGUGACGUGGCGGUGACGCUUUUUGCUACUUUUUACUUACUUACGAAUAAUAGAGGUAGAAGGUUCAAUGCAGUUCUUAGAUUCCCUCUUGUAUAGAGACAGCUAGAUUUGUAAAGUAACAUCCUGAAAUUACUAAUUUGGUCGAAAUCAUAAUGUAUCUGAAUAUGGAUAUGCUUUCAAUCAGUACAAGGUAUUACAAAUGAGGACUCAUUGUUAUAGUUAGAACUGGAUUCCACUUCAGAGCUUCCGAAAUGAUGGUAUUUGGUAAUAUACUUCAUAACAUGUGAGUUAUGCAUA